UGGCAUUGAGCCAGGGGCCUCCACCACGUGCUGCUGGCAUGGUAGCCUGAAACUCAAAGUGCGCCCGGACUCACUUCCGGGGGCCCCACCGCGUGCCCUUUCUGGCCCGUCCAAGGCAGCAUGGCUCCCCGGGCUCCCCCAUCCCUCCUCCCGAGGGACCGGGGCCAGCGCGUGGGUCAGGCCAGGCCAGCCCAACCCCCUGGAGUUAAUAUUUCAGGCAGGACCCGGACUUAGAGCCGAUGAGCUGUGUUCUCCCUCUUACCCCAAAGGAAAUCGCCUUUUUUGCACUGUCAACUCCCUAAUUACCAGAUGGGACGACCGAGGUUUUGAAGACAAUUAGGGGGAGGUCUGUCUUUUCCCAAACGCCCCGGUGUCCCCUCCACCCCAGGCCCGCCCCUGUCUGGAGCCUUCCUCUAAUUUGGAGCCACUUAGAGAAGACAAGGAAACCUUUAAAGCUAAGAAGAAUGUCUCCCGGAAUGCCUCCUGCCUGUUUUAUAGCUGUGGUGGAGCGGCCGGCAGACGCACUCACUCUGCAGAAGCACGAACGAUGCAUCCUGUUCAAGGGGCCUGUGGCUACGGCAUCCUGCUGUAAAAAUAGCUGCGGGUUUGAUGGGCGAAGAGGGGAGAACGGGGCGGGAUUCUCUGCCCAGCGGGCCAGGAGUCACCCUAACCCAGAAGAGGGAGCCUCCAAGCCAGGUCUGGGAACUCUCUGCCCGGUCCCGUUUGGGUCACCUCUGGGCGGUUCGGCCACCACCUCUGAGCAGCCCUGGCCCCCCUCUGCUCCCCUCCCCUGCCUGACCCUGGCCUCUCACAUUAUACGCCUUCAUAUCUGGCCACCCCUGUGGGUGCCCUGGAAUGUUCUACACAUCCACCUGCUCUUCUCACAGAGCGAUGAGAACGCCCAUUGUGUCCUCAUCCUUCAGGGCCCAGUGUGAUGGACCCCAGCCCACGGUGCCUCCCCUGGGGAAAGGCACUCUGUCUGGGCCCCUUCACUCCUGGAGCCACACUGGUUUUGUUUUAUUUUAUUUUAUUUUUUCACCUCUGUGUCUGCCAUGCUCAGCAUUCAAUAAGUACUCCAUAAAUAUUUGAUGAGUGAAUGAGUAAACUUGGCACACAUCGUCUGACACUUGCUAAAAUAAUUCAGACCCAGGGAUUGCAAAGGAUGCGUUUUUAGCCCCCGCAGAACGCCAGUGUAGGGCCACGGUCGCUCGUCAGUGAGUGUUUGCCAAUUUGAGUUGCCUUUGCUUGGGGAAGCGGUGAGUUCCCCGUGACAGAUGGUGUGCAAGCAAGGGCCACCCGAGUCUGCAAGGGACACUCGGCAUCGAGCAGGGCUCGAUGGGCUCGACUGAGAGGGCCAGUGACGCCCCACAUGGAAGAUUAUGCAUGAACAACCCCUGCGAGCGUGUUUCUGAGCCCCCACUGUGCUCUUAGGGGCCAGGUGGCCGGAGGCCAAGGAGCAAUGAUAGCAAGGCCCCAAGGCCAAGGGAAAGGUGGGUAGUCGCUGAUCUGAAGAGUAGAGGGCAGAGAGAAGCAGUGAUUCUAGUGGGAGAGGGAGGGAAAUCUGGGAAGGCUUCUGGGAGGAGGUGAGAGGUGAUGGAAAGUGGGGGGAUGGAGGUGCGGCUGGGGAGGGAACAUGUUCCACGGUCAAAGGCGGGGAGGAAGGAGACUUUGCAAAGUGGUGAAGGCCAGGUGGCGGCGGGCCGGGAUGGGGGCCCGGGAGGCCGAGGACAGCCGGCUAGCCACGAAACGUUAGAGGGCAGAGUUAGGGGUGAGAAGUGACAAGGCGAGGUCACCUGGCCCACUUUGUGGCGUGAGUGACAGCUGUCACCCUGCAGGGGGAAGGCCAAGUCCAAAGGCAGCUGGUGCCUUUCAAGCUCCCUUUCAGGUUUGGUGGCUCCCGGGACCGUGAGUUGCGCUCUGGAAAGCGGGGUGCUCUUCGCAGGGGGCUAAGUACUCCUCUGACUUCCCCGGGCCGACCCGGGAUUCCAGUUCUGUGGCUGCUCACUCCCAGGAGGCCCCUGGCUGGCAGCACAGACCCCUCAGCGGUCUCUCCGACCGCCCCCCCCCAGAACUGGCCAUCAUCCCAGGGUCAGCUGGGCCAAACAGUGUGACCCAGCAACGACAAUAGACGCGCCCCAGCCUCACCUGGCUGACGAGGCCGUGCGUUUUGUCAGCGCGGGGGAUCUGCCUUCCAAACCCCGCCCUUGAUUCCAGAGGCCACCUCCUUUGUGUGGCACCCCGCGGCCCAGUGGCAGCUUCUCGGGGGCCAGACCGCUGGCACCACUUCUCCCCAGGGGAAACUGAGAGUCUAGGUGUUGCUGAGGGGAUCGCCCAAAGACAGGGUGGAGCUCACAGCACCCCCUGCUCAGGGCACACUGCAUGCCCGCCCCCUCCCCACUCCCCUGCUCGCCCCAGGGACAAACCUUCCCCAGCCACCUCUCCCGCGAGUUUUCAGUCUCCACCGGAUUUCUGAUCAGCUCUCCCUCCUUUCGUAACAUGGAGAAGGAGGCCAGGGAAGGAAAACAUCAGAACUAGUUUGCUAAGCGCUUGUGACCUCUGUUGUGACUUAUCCACAUCUCACUGCGAUUCCGUCUCGCACUUCCUUCCUCCUGGCAGGCUGGGUGGGUGGCUCUCCGCUCACUCAGGACCGUCCUGAGCCCUCCGGAGCCCCUCUGCGGUCCUGGGUGGUGAUCCCCAGAGGCAGGAGCUUAGGGGCGUCGAGCCCUUGCAUGAGGAGGCCUCCAGCCAGCAGGAAGCAGGUGGUACAAAGCCCCAGAUGGCAAGUAUCUCCCUGCUCAGCAAGCCCAGGGCCAGGCAGCCCCAGGGCCAGGCUCGUGGACCCGGCAAGGAAAGGGGGCUCCCGUGUAGCAGGUGCAGACGGUGGCCACCGGCCCCUCCACGUGGACCCAGAAAGGGGCAGGCCCCUCGCCACACUUACCCAGCCCAUCUCCCGCAGCAGUCUCGGCAGGACGGGGACCUGAACCCCAGGGUUCUUCACCCCAGCCUACUGAACACCUGCGGGGCGUGUGGUUGGUCCCUGCCAGGGGACAGCAUGGCAGUCCUGGCCCCAGAUCAGGGUGGAGGAUUACGUCAGAGGUCUCAGGGAGGUCAGGGAGGUGAGCAUUGGGAUGGGCAGAACCUUCCAGAAGCACCCUUCUGGAACGACUAGAAAGAGAGACUCAUCCUGGCACCACCACUUAUCGGCCUUGGAUGAGUGACUUUACCCCGUGUGAGCCUCAGUUUCCUCACCUGGAAAAUGGGGCGAGGAUUCACUGGGAGGACACGUUUUAGAACAUGGCCGGCCCUUCUGUGUUUUAUAAAUGUUAGCUACUCAUCACAUCCCCUCCCCCAAGGCAGGGAUCAGCCGUACUGGGGCCCGGAGGCCUGGAGACCAGCUCCGGGGACAGUUAAGCUGUGCAGUGCCUGGAGACGGGUGGGCUCACUGCCUGAGCCCAGCAAUGCCGGCCCUGGCAGCCGAUCAGACGUGGUGGGUCCCACAUGGGAGCUAACUUGGCCGGGCAGACGGGGGCUGCCGGGCUGCCCUGGACACAUGGGGGCCUGCCAGGGGCAGGUGCGGACUCGGCUUGGCCCAUCUCCUGGAGAAUCCUUGGGCGGGGUCGGGCCUGGUGGAGAUGGGCCACAUCCGGGGGUAUGUCUGGCCAGAGAGGAAUGGGGAUCUGAUUUUCCAGUUCUCCCCCGUCUCCCCCUCUCUCCACUUUUCUUUUGUCCGUCUCUUUGCGUUUUCAGCUCCCUGGACAUUGUCGACAGACGGAGGGCUGGAGCGGGCAAUGGUAGCACUGAUGACCACGAGGCAGCAGUCGUCUUGGCUGAGGGGCCUUGUGGGUCAGGCUGAGGCAGAAACCCUCUCCCCAGGCUGACGGGGGUGACACGUGCUUGCCUGCCACUUUUCGCCGGGGGUUGGUGACCCACUGAGAGGCACAUAGCUCAAGGGGGUGGGCCAUGUUGCAGCCCUGAGUUUCCCCAGCUGGUGCGGGGUGGCCCUGCCUUGGAAGUUCUCCUGACCUCAAAUGGCCCGAGGCCAAGUCCUCCCAGCUAGUUCCAGGCCUCAACAUGCUGUGUGUCCUCGGCCAAGUGCCCCUUCCUGGGCCUUUGUCCCUCGGGUGCAGAGAUCCGGUUGGCCCAGUAUAGGCGGAGAUCCUGUGGUUUGACCCACCCACUCCGAGUGGCCCCAGACAGGUGCCUGGCAGGGAGGCCUUCAUCCUGUCCUUUGUCACCUUCCAGACUGUUGUCCGGAUCUGGAGCACUAUUUAAAGAGCCUUCCCUGAGAACCCCCAGUGCUGCUGCGUCGAGAGGGAGCACUCCAGACCAUGGCCUUCACCAUCAUGGACCAGAACCGGGAUGGCUUCAUCGACAAGGAGGACCUGAGAGACACCUUUGCUGCCUUGGGCCGCAUCAACGUGAAGAACGAGGAGCUGGAGGCCAUGGUGAAGGAGGCCCCCGGGCCCAUCAACUUCACCGUCUUCCUGACCAUGUUCGGGGAGAAGCUGAAGGGAACGGACCCAGAGGAGACCAUUCUCCACGCCUUCAAGGUGUUUGACACCGAAGGGAAAGGUUUCGUCAAGGCUGAUUUCAUCAAAGAGAAACUCAUGACCCAGGCGGACCGGUUCAGUGAGGAGGAGGUCAAGCAGAUGUUCGCGGCUUUCCCUCCAGACGUGUGUGGCAACCUGGACUACAGGAGCCUGUGCUACAUCAUCACCCAUGGUGAAGAGAAGGACUAGGGGUCCAAGGGCCCCCCCCACCUUCAGAGGCGGCAAACACCGGCGGUGUUUCGGGGGUGGCCACUGGGGAGGCCCCGCAGCCAAUGCGUGUAAAGAAAAGGCUCCCCUCGCCCCGUGGGCUGGGGGCAAAGCAAGAAUAAAUCGUGCAAACAAGG